AUGAGCUAUCAGCCACCAGCUACCAGUCAUCAGCCACCAGCCACCAGCUACCAGCCACCAGCUAUUAGCUACCAGCCACCAGCCACCAGCUUUCAACUACCAGUCGCCAGCUAUGAGCUGCCAGUCAUGAACUGCCAGCUGCAAUACUCUAGUCACCAACAGACAGCUACCAGACGCCAGGCACCAACCGUCAGCUACCAGACGCCAGCGCCAGCCCACCACGCCAGCCAAUCGCCAUCUGUCAGCCAGCGCCAGCUACCAGAGGUCAGCCACCAGACGCCAACUACCAGCUACCAGACAGCAGCCACCAGACAACAGCCACCAACCACUAGCUACCAGACGCCAUCAACCAGCUACCAGCCACCAGACGCCUGCCACCAACCACUAGCUACCAGACGUCAAUUACCAGCUGCCCAGCCAUCAGACGCCAGCCACCAACCGCCAGCUACCAGAAGCCAGCCACCAACCGCCAGCUACCAGAAGCCAGCCACCAACUGCCAACUACCAGACUUAUCAGCCACCAUCUACCAGACGCCAGCCACCACUGCCAGCUACCAACCACCAGACACUAACUACCAACCGCAAGCUACCAGCCAACAGACGCCAGCUACCAACCGCCAGAUACUAGCCAUUAGACGCCAGCCACCAACCGCCAGCUACAGACAUCAACCACUAACCGCCUGCUACCAACUACCAGACACCUGCCACCAACCGCCAGCUACCAGCCAUCCGACGCCAACCACCAACAGCCAGCUACCAGCCACUAACCGCCUGCCACCAGCCACCAGACGCCUGCCACCUACCGCCAGCUACCAACCACCAGACGCCAGCCACCAACAGCCAGUUACCAGUAGCCAGCCACCAAUUGCCAACUACCAGCUACCAGCCACCAGCUACCCGCCACAAGACUCCAGUAACCAGCCGCCAGCCACCACUGCCAGCCACCACUGCAAGCUACCAUACGUCAGCCACCAUUGCCAGCUACCAGAUGCUAGCCACCAGCCGCCAGCUACCAGACCCCAGCAAUCACUUCCAGUUACCAAACGCCGUCCACCUCUACCAGCUACCAGAAACCAGCCACUAAUCAUCAGCUACCAGACGCCAGCCACCUCUGACUAUUACCAGACGCCAGCCAUCACUGCCAGCUACCAAACACUAGCCACCACUGCCAACUACCAGACGCUUGCCACAACCACCAGUUACCAGAAGCCUUCCGUUUGUGCCAGCUACCAGACGCCAGCCACCAAUGCCAGGUACCAGACGCCAGCCUCCAUUACCAACUACCAGACGCCAGCCUCUAAUUACCAGCUACCAGACGCCAGCUACCACACUAGCUACAAGACGCCCCAACUAAUCGCCACCUACUAG